UACCAUCUACAACAGUGGUCACUACAGUCCCACUGUCCAGCCAGGCCCAGGUUAGUAUGCAACAGCCUGUUUCAGUGGCUAUGCAGCCGCUGCAUCAAGCACCUGGGCCCAUGCAGCCGAUGCAGUGGAUGCCCAAGAUACCUCUAAUGAGUCCCAAGCCUUUCUCUGGAGACAAGAAGAGGGAGGAAGACUUGGACACCUGGGUGAGGACUGUGCCUACUUAUGUGAGGCACAAGCUCACAAGGCCAGAACAGGAAGUGGUAGUGUCUGCCUCCUUUUUAGAAGGAUCAGCAGCCCGCUGGUUGAAUGGCUUGGUGCAGCAACAGGGCUACGGUCAGGAUUUCGAUGCCUGGGCUCAGUCUCAGACGUUGGAACAGUCCGUACGGUCCGUCUACAACAGGUGGAAUGAACCGCAAGGGGCUCAAAAGGCCACCGAUGCUAUCAACAACCUUUGUUCCCGUAGGUUCAAGGAUGUUAGAGAGCUUACAGACACCGUAGAACGCCUCCUCGUGGUACCUGGUGUGCGUUUUGACCCGCAGGUUCUCCUAACGGACUACCUAAGGUGCCUACCUACAGAGGUAAGGACCAAGCUGGUUGACGAGGCCUAUAUCGACCAGCACACUUUUGCUUCUUUUAGUAAGAAAGCACUGGACAUAGAUGCAAAGCUAGGAUCUGCACAUAAGGCAUCCAAUGAUGGUAGGAAGAGACUGCCCAAAGACUGGAAGAAAAAGGGUCAGUUAAUGUUCGUUGACCACGAUGGUCAAACKACGGAGAUUGACGACUACUCAGAUCUUGGGGAGUUCACAGAGCACGAUGGGGGUGGUGAGACUUCAGAUGGUGGAGUCGUGGCACCCAUCAAGGAAAAGGCUAGGGGGACCGGGAAGAAGAAGGUAGUACGGUCCACGGGUCAGGGCGACCAAGGAACACCCGCAUGGGUGAAAAUUGGUUUAGAAUACGAGGACUUGCCGCGGCAAGAAAGUCACAACGAAGGUAGCUUCACCAACGGUGGUGGGCUUAUCUUCGAACCCUGGGAGUGCUUCUGCGAGCAGCUCACAGGGAAACACCUCGGGCCAGUAGGAGUGUUAUCCGCUCUUACUCGCGCUGAAGUGGUAACGUUGCCUUCCCCACUUCAGGCGUUGGCCAAGGCUAGUGACCCACGUAUCGCCCCGAAGACACAUUCGGACCCACCGAUGCUCUGUUCGAGAGAUGUGUCUGAGGCCCUAGAAGAAUUAGAGACUGAGUGGUCAGGAAAGGACCCCAGGGACUCUUGGGCGAUGAUGAGUGGAGGCCCAAAGGGUGAACAUUUCGUGGUAGAAGUAGAUGUAGGUGGCCGCAAGAUUGGCGUCUUCGCAGACACAGGCUCUACACGAAAUUUCAUCAGUCGUGCUUGUGUGGAUAAACUGCGCUUAGGGGACCAAGUGCAGCGGCUUAGCAGAACUGUAGCUUCUACGCUAGCCAACAAGCACAAGAUGGUAGUAAAAGACUAUGUCAAGGACGUAGCCUGUUCCUUCUCCUAUGGAGGAGGGGAAGUGAUCCACAAGAUCUCCUUCCUGGUUAGCGACGAACUGCCAUUCAACAUGUUACUGGGCAUGUUUUACCUCGAAGUCUCACAACCACAAUUUGAUUGGGAUAGAAAGGUGUUGAUACACAAGUUGCCAAAUGGUAGGGCCGUUAGGUUGCAAAAGUACAAGGCUAGCAGUCUAGUGGAGAACUACGGCUGCAUGCGCGCUUCGUCUUUCUAUAACUACUACAAGCAGAAUCGCGAGGAGGGCAUGUACCUAGUUUUUGUCUCUGAGAAAGGGGAGGCCGUUAAAUCACCCCCAGAGAUAGAAAAAGUCGUCGCUUAAUGUUCAGACCUUUUUUAGGAGCCCACAGGUGUGGUGGAAAGGGAGGUGGUCCAUGCAAUAGAGGUUGUCCCAGGUAGUAAGGUGCCUAGAGGACGAAUCUAUAGGAUGUCUCCUGCGGAGUUAGAUGAGCUUCGCCGCCAGCUUAAAGAGCUC